AUGGGAAACUGCAUAAACAAAAGCAAGGUGAGGCCACAAACAGAGGCCAUCAAGCCUCAUCAUGAUCAAGAAGAGACUAAAUCGGACACCGACAAAAACGGGAGCACGGUGAGAAUCAAGAUUGUCCUAACAAAGGAGGAACUUGAGUGGCUUAUGCUGCAGCUGGAAAACAGAAAAGGUAAGAAAGUUGAGGAUGUUUUGAAUGAGAUACAAAGAAACAGAGGGAAAAGGCAUGUUGUUUGGAGGCCAUCUUUGGACAGAAUAACAGAGUGUCAUGAAUUGGAUGAGGAAAUUGACAGAUGA